CCACAUCGUCUACAGCAUAAAAAUUUGCAUACAAAAAAAAUAAAAACAAAAAAUCAAUGGGAAAAUAUUUAAAAUAUUCCCUGUGUGUUUCCAUGCGCGAAUUAAAUCAAAAAGUGAUUGCCAAAUAAGCUCUCAAUUGUGAAAAAAUAACAUAAAAUAAAUUUUAUUGCCGACGCGCUUGCUUUAAUUUAUUUAUUAGCAAAUAAGUAAAAAGAAUAAUAAGAGAAUAAGAAGAAGAAGAAAAGUAAUAAAAAAAAAAUUCAGCGCACUAAGGCAAACAAAACCUCGACCGAGCAAACAAAAACUGGCAAAGUAAUCAAACAAAAAUCAACAAACCUAACAAUAAAUGAAUGUCUGUAUGGAAGAUACAAGUGAAAAAGAUCAGCAAAAGCAAAUCACACAAGCGCCAGAGGUCAUAUCAAUUGGCGUUUGAUUUACUCGCUUUGCGAAAUUUCGCAAAAAUUCAAUAAAGAGAAAAUAAAUAUUAUUGCAUGAUCGAGUUUUGGUGCUUCGGAGAAGUGGAACGCUAAAUAGAAAGUGUUUGAGUGUUUGCGUGCAAAGAAAUUUCCUAAACAAAUAAAGAAAUCAUUAUUUCAUGGGAAGAGGAAAGAGGAAAGAGAAAAGACUAAAGUGAAUUGUUAAAAAAUAUUUGAAAUUAAUUUGGAUAUUUUUGGUGAUUUGGGAAACUUUAGACAACUCGCCAACAUACAUACAUACAUACAUACAUAUUUGCGUAUGCGAUUUUAAUAGCGUAUUCUAAUUGAAGAAAGCUGUGGUAAUAUUUUCUUAAUAGAAAUGGCAGCCCCUAAAAAUGCUCAUACAAUUUUCUGGUUGCUGUUGGCACUCUUGGUGGCGGAAGUCAAAUGCAGCGAUUCAGCACCCGACACCAUACCGCACCUCUGCUACAAUGUGAAAUGUCCGCCGAUGUCCGACAUGAUCUGCCCACCGGACAGCAGCAUACGCGAAAUUCUCAACACCAUCGAUAUGAAUCCGCUUACCGUAUCGCCUGAUGUGACCGACGAAGCGCCCUACAACACCACCGAAAUUGAUGAAGAAAUCUAUGCAGAAUGCUGCCUGGCGAAGAAGUGCCUCUGCAAAACUUGCCACAUACCCGACUGUCAUGGCGAGGAUGAAGUGGUGGUCGAGCUACAGCCCGAGUCAAUGAACAAACCCGGCCAUUGUUGCGGCGAAUAUGAAUGCCAACGCAAGCCUAAUUGCACGGCAGGAGUCGAUAGUGAGCUAUGUUGGCUGAAAGGCUGUCAACGUUGCCACUGCUUCUCCGGCAAGCCCAUGUGCAUUCAAAUCUGCGACGAGGCCGUCAACAAAACAAAAGCAAUCUGCAAGCCCGAAAAGUUGAAUGUUUUCUUCGAGCAUGGCGAGAGUUGGCGCGUCGGUUGCUAUGAAUGCGAAUGCGUCGAUGGCAUUGAAAAGUGUGUGCUACCCUUCUGCAGCAACAUUAAUUGUCCACGCGAACGACAGGUGACGCUUAAGGAUGGCUGUUGCCCCAUUUGUUGGCCCGAUUGUGCGCCCAUGCCGGAUGAGGUAUUGAGCAGCAGCCGUAGCGGCAGUGACAAAUAUGGCAGCGUGGCGCGUCGUUACGAUGAAGAUGUUGGAGACGAGCUAAGCGUGCUGGAUAAUGUGUCACAUGGCAGUGACUAUAGCGCUGAAAAUGAGAUUGACACAUUGCCGGAUAUACCCUUCGAUGAGGAGGAUGAGCUGGAAGGGGAUAAGCAGUUGCAAACCACUACGAAAGCUACAGAAGGCAGCAAAACAAGCAGCAGUAGCAGCAGCAGUUCAACUUCCGCCAGUGCUGCCGUCGCAGCCAGUCCAGCUGGGCACGUACACUCAAUGUCGUCCACCUACGCACCUGCCGAGUACUUGCCUCUUUCACCUACUACCGCCGCACCAACACAUGUAGUCGCUGCUCUUGCCAGUGAGCCCGCCAUAGCCACCGCUUGCCCACCAGUUAUGUCUGUACGCCAUGAUGUGCCAGCCACCUUCCAGCUAUAUCCCGAAGAGAUUUUGCCCGAAGUUCAAGUCGUUUCAGAGUCCUGCAAGCAUUGGAUGAUUUACAUUGUCAUUGGCAUUUUAGUCGCCUUCAUUGCGGUUUUGAUAGCUUGGAUCAUCCAAUUGCGGUUGAAGCAACGCUCCUAUCGGCCGGUUUCACACAUCGACGACAAUUUCAAUAAGAUGUCCUGUAAUAUUAAGGCAACAAAUGCGUAUGUUUAGUCAACGUUAAUUUUACGGAGGAAUAUGUAGUAUAUCAUGAAGUAUUUUGUGUUUGUGUAUGCCAAGGAGAGAGAAAGGUGUGUAAUACACAUUGGGUGAACAAAUUUUUCCACAGUUAAAUGUAAGGAAAUGUGGUUUUUGUAUAUCUGUGCCAUACAAAAACCAUACGGAAAAAAAAGAUUUAAAGUUUAGAGAAGUUGUCAAAUGUUGGCCAAGGUGUUAGCUUUUCUUAAUUGUAUAGGGUUUUACUUUUAAUUCUUAAUGCAAAUAGAUUUCUCUAUCACUUCAUUGAAAAUCAUUUUAAACACAUAUGAGCUUUGAGCACUUUUUUUGAGAAACUGUUGAAGGGCGGUUAGCUUACGUAGAAAUUUUUUGAAUUUUAAACUCCUGUCUUUUAGCGAAUAUAUCAACACUAACUUGGGCUAAGCAUACUUCCCAGAAAGGGUAGUUUUUCACCAUAAAUUCGUGUGACAGAAAUUAAAUUUGGAACGAAUUUAGUGUCUGGUCUUUUCUCAUAUUUUCCUAAACCGAUUAGUGUCACACCUAUCAAGCGAAGUUAAGCUACUGCAGCGUUUUGCGACUCGACUGGCGCCACUCCUUAAAAUCGAUAUCUCACCUGCUUCGAUACCUCCCUCAAUCGUUUACCAAAACGUUGAGUUGUCUCAACUAAGGGGAUAUUUUCCACUUCACUGCUCGCAAGGUUCCAACCAGCCAUGCUACUGCGAGCUAGGCUACAACGUAUGUUCUGGGCCGCUAAACCAAUGGGGCCUGAAAGUACUCAUUGUUAGUGCCCAAGGGCGUCGAGAGCCGGGCCUGGUCCCAACGAAGUAGUCAUCGGUGGGCCCCUUGAAUUAAAACCUUUUUUUGAACUUACUUACGAGGGGAGGCUGAUAUGUUUUCAACCUAUGUAAGUAAUAGCCAAUAUUCUUGGUAGUACCGAAUUUCCUAGCACUUACAUCAUUACGCUUUCAGUAAUUGAGCCGUAAACACAACCUUGUGUGAGCUAUCUGCGUAUUGUGCGAAAUUGGAGUACAGAGCUAACGUAAAAUCUUUCACAAAGAGAACAAAAUGCCGCCAGAAAUGCUUGAAGAGAUGUUUACAGUGCCUGGAGAGAUCUGGACCUGCAUUUUCCUCCACCAAACGUUAGAGCCGAGAAUUCACGAAUGACAGGGAGUCGCUGGAAUAUUAGCCCAGUUCAGGGCGUCCAAAAACUGCCUUUACCACUGUUUGUUGGUGUUGUCUUCCUAAAAAAACAGCUACAUUGAACUAAGGAGACUAGUAUGCCAGUUGAAGGAAAUCAGAAACCCCCGCUUUCAGUUCAAUUAAAUUUUUGUAUUGCAUGUUUUGUCAUUUUGCAAAAUCUUCUCAAUUUAUUUCCUAUCUUAAUUCCUUCGGCGGUUCAAUUAACCCUGCUGACUUCCCCUCUUGACGAUCCUGUUAGUGCCCAACUCCGUAGCGCCGGUCUACAUCACUUUGCACACGCACCAAUUAAAGCAAAUACUUUCUUAGCUAGACCUUCUGAUUUUGGGCGAAAUAUAAGUUUUACCCACCUGCAGUCUCUCAAACUCUUUACACAGUUUCUGUCUCUUCAACUAAUUUCCAACCAAAUUGAGUCAGUGUUAGAUGUUCGGUAGUAAAUACUGCGGCCUUGAAUGCCAUUUAAGACAAAAUGUUUGAUGGUUAAAAUUUUUGCCGUUAAUUUAAGUGAAGCUUUUUUUAAGCUGUUCUCAAAAGUGCUCAAGGUGCUUAUACAUACAUUUACAUACAUGAAUUCACUGUCUUUCUUAAAAUAUUUUUUAUUUUUUCUUUAUUCUUGACAUCCAAACCUUUAUUCGCUUUUGUAGACAAAGAUCUCAAAUUUUUAUUUCCUUUCAAGUAAAAAAAGUUUAAGUUUGUCAACAUAAAAAUUCAUUAACUUUACAUAAUUAAGUAUAUAAAACAAAUAGCGCGACUUUAUUGGAAGAAUGGCAUAUUUUGAAAAGUGUAAAAUUCAAAACAGCAACUUUUAAAUUUGCGUUAAAUAACUAUGUUUUGAAUAUAAAAAAAAAAACGAGUAAUUGCUAUAAAAUAUUACCAAAAUCGUAGAAACUAUUCCGUAGGAUGAACUUGUAGAAACUUAUGUAUGGAGCCGAGCUUUGGUCUAAGAGUUAUGUUUGCUCUCUAUGACCGCUAAACACAGAGAAAAUGGUAAAAAAUUUUGCCAAGAAGAAAUUUUUUCUUUAAUAAUAAUUUUCACAACAAGUUUCUUUUGGAAUUUGACACUCUUCCCACAAAAACGCGAUACAUAGACAUAUGCAUUCACAUAAAAAAAAAAUCUUGCGCUCAUAUUUGAUAGAUAAAAUUAAAUCUUAACAAAAAGU